AUGGGUGCCGGUGCCAGUACUCCCUUCGCAGAGCCACCUGCGGCUUCAUGUCCCGUUGAUCACAAGACACGCGAGAUCUGGUUGCAGCAGCACAAAGAUUCACCACACCCUCCCUCCGUUCCCUCCGGCACCGCCGAAUCAACACAUGGCCCGGUCAAACAUCAACGCCCGCUAUCUACAGACCGCGAAGUCAGCACAAUACCUCGAGCCGGGGAAGUGGGUGCGAAAGCCUGCCCCGAAUCUAAUAAAGACUCAGCCACUGCGCCUUCACCAUAUGCUGCCUCACAUGGAUGUCCAUCCAACGCCGAAGCCGAGACUGGCCAUGAUGAAGCCUCUGGCAACUGGAUCUAUCCGUCCGAGAAACAAUUCUUCGAAGCUUUGAUGCGCAAAGGCAACACCCCGGGGUCCACAUCAUCCGCUUCUGAACUUGCGACAUCUGUCGCAUCUAUCAUUCCCAUUCACAACGCGGUCAACGAACGCGCAUGGCAACAGAUUGUCGACUGGGAAAAUAAAGCCCCUUCAUCUGACCCAGGAAGCAAGAAAUGUGGAGGACCUAAGCUGUACUCAUUCCGGGGCCUUGGAGUUGAUCCGCAAUUCUUGAGUCCCCGUGCGCGAAUCAACGGAUGGCUCGGCUAUCAGCUGCCUUUCGACCGACAUGACUGGGUCGUUGAGCGCUGCGGGGGAGAGCGUGUUGAAUAUGUGAUCGACUUCUACCAGGGCAAGACCGGAGCUGGGAAUUCGGGCGGCUUGGCAGGCAAUGCCGGCCCUGGGAAAUUGAGCUUCUACUUGGAUGUUCGGCCAAAGCUGAACUCUUAUGAAGGCUGGAGAAUGAGAUUCAACAAGUUCGUCGGCCUGUGA